UCCCCUCCCACAUUGCCGUUAGCUAUCGCUCUUGUUUGCUAUAAAAUCGCGAACGAAUCAGUAUUAAAGCAUCAGUUAUCUAGCUGUUUCAAACAAGUCACCUACUCCUCCAAGAUGAAGUUCUUCGUCCUCAUUGCCCUCUUUGCUGUUGCUGCUGCCAAUUCCUAUGAUGCUCCUAAAUACGAGGCUCCUAAAUACGAAACCCCAAAGUACGAGGCUCCUAAAUACGAAACCCCAAAGUACGAGGCUCCUAAAUACGAGGCUCCUAAAUACGAGGCUCCUAAAUACGAGGCCCCUAAAUACGAAGCCACAAAGUACGAGGCUCCUAAAUACGAAGUCCCAAAGUACGAGGCCCCUAAAUACGAAACCCCAAAGUACGAGGCUCCUAAAUACGAAGCCCCAAAGUACGAGGCCCCUAAAUACGAAGCCCCAAAGUACGAGGCUCCUAAAUACGAGGCUCCCAAAUACGAGGCCCCUAAAUACGAAGAAGUCACAUACGCCGCUCAACCCUACAGCUUCGGAUACGAUGUCCAGGAUAAAGAAUCUUACAAUGACUUUGAGCAUAACGAGAAAUCUGACUACAACGUUGUCACCGGAUCUUACCGUGUGGUUCUCCCCGACAGCCGCGUCCAGAUCGUCACCUACAAGGCUGACGCCAACGGAUACACCGCUGACGUGAAAUACGAAGGUGAAGCCAAGUACCCCGAAUACGUGGAGCCCCAAUCCAAAGCUUCUGCUUCCUACGCCGCUCCUGCCUACCAGGCUCCCGAAUACCAGAAACCGGCCUACGUCGCUCCCGCCUACACUACUCCAGCCUAUACUACACCUGCCUAUACUACCCCUGCCUACAAAGAGCCAGAGUACACUACUCCAGCCUACACUACUCCAGCAUACAGCACUCCAUCCUACAGCACUAAGGUCUACAAAACUCCAGCGUACAAAACUCCCACUGCCUCCCCUAAAUACUAAUUUCCAACAAUACCAUUGUCUUAAUUCUGGAAUUAUUAUUUAAAAAAUAAACUCGUCAAACAAUUUCA